AUGGGCUCCGGUGUGCUGUCCGAUCGUACAAAGUCCCUGCUAGAAGUUGAGACAAGCUACACAGCAGGAGGCUACGACCCUAUGCCAGUCUUUGUUUCUCGGGCAAAAGGUGUCAAUCUAUGGGACGAAGAUGGAAAGGAGUACCUGGAUUUUACCUGCAUGUUCGGUGCUGUCAAUCAGGGCCAUUCGCAUCCUAAGAUCGUUUCCGCCGUCACUGCGCAAAUGGAGAAAGCAUCAUUGGUUAACUGCGCUGCCCACUCUGCGAUAUGGCCUCCAUUUGCCCGCAUGAUGUGCCGGCGGUUUGGCUAUGACAAAGUGGUGUCCACUAUGUCUGGAACUGAGGCUGUAGAGUCGGCUUGUAAGAUUGCACGGAAAUGGGGUAUCAAGGUUAAAGGCAUCCCCCCCAAAAAACUGCUGAUUCUUGCUACAUCUGGGUGCUAUCAUGGCCUCUCUGUCACAAUGUGGGGAUUCCAAGAUCACAGCCCACAGAAGGAUGGUAAACAUUGUUCCGGUCAGUUGCGUUCGCCUGUGAAUACUGACAGUAUGAUAGCUUACGGCAUCGAGGAUGCUCACUGUAUCAAUCACGACCCCGAAACCGAGGAAGCACUAACAUACGGCGAUAUUGAUCGCAUGAGGGCUUGCAUUAAGCAUCACCAUGGGCGGAUAGCCGCCGUUAUUGUAGAGUGCAUCCGUGGCCACCUCAGGACCAAGGAGGAUGAGAUUCAAUAUUGUGAGCAGCUGUUUGAUCUAUGUAAAGAGUACAACAUUCUCUUCAUCAGCGACGAAGUUCGCAUGGGCUGUGGUAAAACGGGUCGCUUUUUAUCCAGUGACUGGCUGGGUAAAGGCCGGAAACCGGACAUGGUGACUUUGGGGAAGUCUAUUGCUGGCGGCGUCUACCCAGCCUCAUUUGUGCUCGGGCGCGCUCAAUGCAUGGACCUUGUGGGUACCAAAGAGAUUAUUUCGACUUUCCAAUUUUCGCCAGUAGCGAUAUCAGCCACCGCAGCUGCACUUUGUGUUAUAGACGAGGAGUUUCUCGUCGAACGAGCAGGAGACAUCGAGCGAUUGGUCAUGCGUGAGUCCCUUACAUGGAAACACUCCUUUGUAAGUCACGUCACAGCAAGGGGGGCAGAUUUCGGCGUCUGGCUGUGCGGUGUUGGGCAGAAUGUAUGUCGACACAUUUGUGAAAUGUGCAUGAAUAGAGGUCUCCUGGUCUUUCCGAGUCAUUUGAGGAUUCGGAUGGGGGUUGCUAUGGUCAUGACGGACGCGGAAUUGCUUAAAGGAUUAGGUAUCCUGCGCAGCGUUUUCGAUGCUAUGCAGGUGGAACUUGACCAAGGCCGAGGAUUGGCUCAGGUCUAA